AUGGCGUUUCAACCGGAAGAAGCAGCGCCGCAAGAUCUGAAUCUGAACGACGACGUGGUCACCGAGAUCCUGCUCCGCCUCCCGUCCGCCGCCGUUCUCCGCUCCCGUGCCAUCUGCAGGGCGUGGCGCCGCAUCGCCAGCAGCCCAGCCUUCGCCGCCGCCCACGCCCGCCGCCGCCCGCUGGAGCUCAUCUUCCAACGCCACGGUCCGAGCGGCGCGCUCGAAAGCAUCCCGGCGGCCGCCCUUGACGAGCCUCAGCGCCGGUGCCUCGACGUUGAGUACCCCAAGGAAUCUUGCUGGCGAGGCUACUAUCUGAUCGCUUCCUGCGACGGGCUCCUGCUGUUCCAGCGAGGUCGCGGCGGCGGCAGCUACUACGGCCCCGAUCGUUUUGUUGAAAAGCUAUCACCCAAAAUACUAUUCUAUUGCCCGGUAACCUGGCAGUGGACGGCAGUGCUGCCUCGUCUCGCCGGCACCUUCACGCUGCCCUGCGGCUUCUACGUCCACGGGCCAUCCCGCGAGCACCGCCUGCUGUGCCUCACGAACGACCACUAG